UAUCCUUUAAUGCAUAUCAGCAUGUGAAGGUUUAUUUCUUGGUAUAUAUAAAUCUAAAUCUUCUUAAGGUUUCAAGUCCUCAUGGUUGCAUCAAGGGCAUGCAUUUUUGUGCUUAGUUUCUGAAACUUCAUUUACAGUUAUUUGGGAAACUUGUUAUUUUGCCUUCUUCUGUUGUUUCUGCACUUCUCCCAAGAAUUUUGAUGAUAUCAAAAAUGGGUCAAGCUGAUCUCAAAGGAAUGUUUCAAGCUCCAGGUUCUGUUGAGGAGAAGGAUAAGCAUGACGAGAACCAUGGAGAUCAUUGCUGGAUGAACGUGGAAGAUGAUGAUGAUGAUGAUGAUGAUGAUGUUAUUACUACAACUUCUGGAUCAUCCCUGGGAGAAUAUUCAAGAACUUCUCAGGGAUCAACUUCUUCUUCAUCAGACUUGGUAGAUGAUGCAUCUUCAUCAACUUCAAAUUCUUCCACCAUUUGUAAUGGACCUUUAUAUGAAAUGUCAGAGCUCAUGGCCCAACUUCCCAUCAAGAGAGGACUUUCCAAUCAUUUUCAAGGCAAGUCCCAGUCCUUUACAUCCCUCUUAAGCGUAAAGAGCCUAGAAGACCUUGCAAAGAAAGAAACUCCUUACAGAAAGAAAAUGAAGGCAUGUAAAAGCUAUGGGGGUGGCUUGGAUACGCAUAAAUUUUACCCUCUUCCCAGGGCCACCAUAUCAAAGAAAUUCUCGAGAAAUUCCCUGUCCUCAUCUUUUCCAGGUGUAAUUGUAAUGUGGUGUCUUGAUGCUGGUUUCAAUGCGGACCAAAUGUGGUGGCGGGCUGACAGUAGCCACCCCUCAAAUUUUAAUCUUCCUUUAGUUUUUGUCAUCUACUCUGGACAUGAAAUUUGCAACGCUGGAAAGUGGGAGGUCAGGCAUAUAUAUAUGUCAUCAAGCAAAAUUCCCCCACCUAUAGGAGCUUGAGUCCUAGUGCAUGUGCUCGUACCAUUUCUGCAUAAAAUUACCUCCAAUUAUUAGUUGGAAGAUAAAACCCAGGGUCUUUCGACGUUUAGCUGCCUAAAUCAGCGCCAUGUAUCGUAUGCCUGGACACCAUGUCUUGAGUAGUAUUCUGACUGGCUCCUUGUUGCAAUCAUGCUAUCUAGGAGACUAGGACUUGUCCUUUUGCUGAGUGUCAACUGUCUUCGUUAUGUGGCCUAGGCAAUAACCUAACUGUGGCCACCUCAGCUCCCAAAGAAGGUCCCUACUCCACUUAAAUAAUUAUUAGCAAACAAAAGUAGUUCUUUCUAA